ACACACACACACACACAGAUAUCAGUAUAAAAGGCCAGGUUCAGCUCCAGUGUCGCAGAGUCCACAUCAGAGGACUUCAUCAUGGACCUGCUCACCAAAACUCUGUUUCUGUGCUUGGUACUCGCCCUCGCUCAUGGAGCGCCUGCGCAUCCACAAGAUUCAGCUGCAGAAGAUGGAGAAUCCCAAGCGGCUGUGCCAGACCGGUGUGACGGGAUUGAGUUUGACGCCAUCACUCCUGACGAGAAAGGAAUGACUUUCUUCUUCAAAGGCAGCCACCUGUGGAAGGGUUUCCAGGGUCCAGCUCAGCCCUCCAACGAGACCUUCAAGGAGCUGGACGACAUCCAUCACAUCGGCCAUGUUGACGCUGCCUUCCGCAUGCACAGCACAGAGAGCCCAGACACCCACGAUCACAUCUACUUCUUCCUGGAUGACAAAGUGUUCCGCUAUUACAACCACACCCUGGAGGACGGGUAUCCCAAAGCGAUCCAGGAGGAGUUCCCCGGAGUCCCCUCUCACCUGGAUGCGGCUAUUGAGUGUCCCAGUGGAGAGUGCGGGGCAGACUCGGUUAUCUUCUUCAAGGGGGACGACGUGCACGUUUAUGAUCUGAGCACAAAGGUCAUGAAGACCAAGACGUGGCCCGACCUGCCCGCCUGCACCUCUGCUCUGCACUGGCUCGAGCACUACUACUGUUUCCAUGGGAACAACUUCACCAGGUUCAACCCGACAUCCGGGGAAGUGAGUGCCGGCUACCCCAAAGACGCCCGCAACUACUUCAUGAAGUGUCCCAACUUUGGUCAUGGAGGAAACUACAAAGUCCCUAAAUGCAGUGAGGUCAAGUUAGACGCCAUCACCACUGAUGAUGCAGGCAAAACAUAUUUCUUUUCAGGUCCAGUCUACAUGCGUCUGGACACCGUCCGCGACGGGCUGCACGCCUUCCCGAUCAGCCGGUCGUGGAAAGAGGUGACCAACGGCGUGGACGCCGUCUUCUCCUACAUGGACAAAUUCUACAUGAUCAAGGAUGAGCAGGUUUACAUCUAUAAAACCGGUGCUCGCUACACCCUGGUGGAAGGAUACCCGAAGACCCUGAAGGAGGAGCUCGGCAUCGACGGACGCGUGGACGCCGCUUUUCUCUGUCCCAAUGAACACACGGUUCAUAUAAUCCAAGGCCGACAGAUGAUAGACGUCGACCUCACCGCCACACCAAGGGUCGUGAUCAGAGACCUGCCCUUGCCCUUUUCCGACCUUGAUGCUAGUCUGUGCGGUUCAGAGGGAAUCAAGGUAUUCAAGGGCUCACAGUUUUACUUCUACGAGAGUGCCAUGACACUGGCUGCUUCCAAAAUGGCUCCUUUUUCUCAGAACAUCACUCCAGCAAUGAUGGGCUGUCAGGAGUAGGAGGCGGGGAUUUGUGUCUGAGUCGUUUGGUGAAUAAAAAAUUUGAAAACAAAAAA